AGAAUGUUGGCUGAGAACUCCUCCUCCGUGACGGAGUUCCUCCUCGCAGGCCUGAUGGCCCAGCCAGGACUCCGGGCCCCCCUCUUCUGCCUGUUCCUGGGGUUCUACGUGGUCACCAUGGUGGGGAACCUGGGCCUGAUAACCCUGAUCGGGCUGAGCGCCCCCCUGCACACCCCCAUGUACUUCUUCCUCUUCAACCUCUCCUUCAUAGAUUCCUGCUACUGCACCACCGUCACCCCCAAGAUGCUGAUGGGCUUUGUCUCAGGGAGGAACGCCAUCUCCCAUGCCGGCUGUAUGACCCAGCUCUUCUUGUUUCUCUUCUUUGUGGUCUCGGAGUCCUUCGUCCUGUCGGCCAUGGCGUAUGACCGCUACGUCGCCAUCUGCAGCCCUCCCGUCCCCAUCGUCAGCCCUCUGCUGUCCUCGCCCGCCAUGUCUCCCCGGGUGUGCCUGCUCCUCCUGGCGGGCGUCUACGGGAUGGGGUGUGCAGGGGCCGUGGCCCACACGGGAAACAUAGCGGGUCUGACGUUCUGUGCAGGCAACCUUGUCAACCACUACAUGUGUGACAUCCUCCCCCUCCUCGAGCUGUCCUGCAAUGGCUCCAGCCUCAACGUGCUGGUAGUCUUCCUUGUGGUGGCCGUUGGCAUCGGGGUGCCCAUUGUUGCCAUUUUUGUGUCUUACGGUCUCAUCCUCUCCAGCAUCCUCCACUUCAGUUCUACCCAUGGCAGGUCCAAGGCAUUCAGCACCUGCAGCUCCCACCUCAUUGUGGUUUCUCUGUUCUUUGGGUCGGGAGCUUUUAUGUACCUGAAACCCCCUUCUAUUUUACCCCUGGACCAGGGGAAAGUGUCCUCCCUAUUCUACACCAUUGUGGUGCCCAUGCUCAACCCACUAAUCUACAGCCUACGGAAUAAGGAUGUCAAAGUUGCCCUGAAGAAAACCUUGGGCAGAAUAACCUUUCUGUGA